AUGAGCGACGACAGCUUCACCAAACUCAAGAGCUCGAUUUCGAUGAGCUCUGCCGACUCCGCGAUCGACAUCACCCCUCCAAGCCCCUUCGAUCUGAAGAAGGAACUCGCCACGCUCAGAACGAGGAACAAUGGUCUCCAUGAGCAGGUUUCUGAUAUGCAAGUGCAGAUGAGCUCGCUCCAGAGAGAAAUCAAAGCAAGUAGAAUUAACGCCGCUUAUCUCAAACAAAGCGCCCGAAACAUCAUUUAUCCGACCUCCAACGCCGGUAAAACCGUUACAUUUACGAUGAAGAAAAAUGUCGACCAAGCAAAAGCGCAAAAAGCGAUGGAGAACCUUCAACGCGAAAUUCAAAGAGCAAUGAUUCCGAACUUGCGAGCGUUCUAG